UUUGNAAAAAAAAAAAAAAUUAAGUUAGGGCUCCUAUUUGUGAUUUGUGAAGGACCUCAGAUGGUAAAUCGUAAAGCUUCCCAGCUGAAGCUGAUAGAGAUAGACUAAUCUCCAUCUGUCUACUACGAUUAAUCCACGUUUUUCUGAGGCGAAAUUCCCCACAAAGAACUAGGACACGGCAGUCAUGGAUGGCGACCUUGAAAUCUCACUCGACAAGCUCCCGAUCAAACGGCUCGAAGCCAUUGAAGAAAACGGCUUCGAACGCUUCCCCUCCGAUGUGCGAUAUGAUGAGAAGAGAGUGAAUUUGAUACGGAGGAUCGAUUUUGCCUGGGCGGUGGAGAGAGAGGAUCCCAGUAAGAAGCGGAAGGCCGAAGGUACAAGUGCUGCUAAGGAAAGUACAACCACCAAUCAGCAGCAAUGGCAGUGGCAGGGUUUGGUGGAGAACCUGCAGUUAGCUCACCAGGAGCUCUCUGUCAUAAUCGACCUCAUAAACACGGUGGAGGCCAAUGAUGCUGUAACAGUUGCAGGCAUGACACGCCCGAAGCAGUUACCAAAUGAACAUCUGUCUGACCUUGCUGUGUCUACAGCGACCAAGCUGCAAAGCUUCCGGAAUCUUGGAAAAUACUUCAAGCAGUCUGCCAAAGCACUGGAAGAGAAAAUAGAGAGAGAAGCCCGAUUUUAUGGUGCCCUCAUUAGAUUGCAGCAGAAUUGGAAAAUUAAAAGGCACAGGCUGGUGGCUGCUGUCUCAGGCAAUGAAGGCUUCUAUAUCGACUUAUUUGACAAUUCACUAUAUGAUUCUACUAUCGUGUUUCGACCCUCUUCCUUGUCCACCAUCCCUGUUGAGCAUGACUCAGCUGGAAUGCUUGCUGUGAAUUUUCCUCGAAGAAAAUGCCACUCUCUUCAGUUUGAGUUUCUUGGAUUUAGUUCUGCAUAUAAUUCGAGAAAAUCAGAUGAAAACAAGACACAUAGUGUGACCAAGGAUUCUUCUAAAGAACAUGGGAUGGAACAUGCAAGCGACGACGAACGUGUGAAGGACAUGCAUUUAACCCUCCGUGAAGUUCAUCGAGCAAUACAUGAUGAGCAGGUGUUUGAUUUGGUAAAUCGUGAAGCAUGUAAUCCAUCUUUGUGUGUAAAUCUGACUGGUAUAAAAGAAAAUUAUUUACGCCUAAGCAUUGGUCAAGGAGCGUCACUUUCCGUAUCACUUGUGUCACCCAGACAGGAGGAUGAUCAAACAGCGGGUAUAUCAGAUGGAAAUACUAAAGAUGCUGAAUAUGUACCUCCGGAAUCCCCUGAUGGAGCAAAAUAUGGACCUGAUGAAGCAAAAAAAUUAGGGAUCCCAAAUCAACUUGGUUUCGAGAUUUAUUUGCGGCAGUUAUUUCACGAAUAUGUUUUUGUGAAAGCGAAAAACAAGUCUAUAUCCUCGUCUAGAAGUCAGAUUCCUGGUCAGCCACUCAAGGACAGUUCAAACAUUCUGAGUCAUUUCUGCAUGUCUCUUGCUCACAGAAUCUUCUCGAAUAAAGUUCUCUCUGUGCUGGAAAAUCUGGUUUAUAGGACACCAUAUAUCGACUUGAUCUCUCAUCCAACUUGGCAUUCUCGGACAUCUUCAUGGACGCUCUCGAUGAAGAUUCCUCAGUCCAUCCUUAACAGCGGGAGACAAAUGCAGACAUACGAAGUCAAUGCCUUGAAGAGUGUUAGGUCACAGUUCUGGACAAAGGUAGUUGUGGUUGAUGACUCCAUUAGUGUUGAAGGUGAAGGUGCUCCCAAUGUCGUAGGUUUAUUCAAAGGGAAGUCUGAAAGUGUUUGCUUGAUUAAUGGUUAUAAUUGUGACUUGGCGGACCUUCCUAUCAUACUCUUGCAGCAGAUUGCGAGUCAAAUUAUCGAGUGGUUGCACGAGGAAUCCCUUACGGUUGGUAUCAAGGCUGACAGGGACUUCCUAUCUCUGGCUUUCGAGCUCGAUCAGGGAGAAAUUGUCCGGUUGGUGGCUCAUGUGGACCCAGAUGAUGCCCAUGGUUGCAUCUCUUGGUGGCUCACGAUGGAAGACGGUCAAACGGGCGAACCCAAGCUUCGUUUGGAUAUGUCUAUUGUUGAAACCGAAACAAGGAAGUUUUUGGGAUACCUGUCGCUUGAUGUGUUGUACUCUACACUAUUGGAUUUUCUUAACCUGUGCAGCUGUUGUUGAAGGGAUAAAAUUGCUUUGUUUGCCAUUUUUCUGUGUUAAGUUAACCAAAGGGUUUGUUAGAUGGCCCUGUGAGAUUACACCAAAAUGAGGCCUUUACAGAAAUUAGUAAUAGUCAUAUGUUUAUGGUAAUCACUCAAGAGACGUGAGGAUUCAGGAUUGUACAUUGGCAUGACAGGAUUUUUUUUUUUUUUUAAAUUUUAUGUUUUGGCAAUUAAGUUUUAGUGAUCUAUUUUUGACAUGCGACAUUAAUAUUUCUAAUUAUUAAAUUUUUCGUUAUGUGAAAUCUUGG